AUGUCAAAAAGAAAUCAUAGUUCAGCCUCGCGAUCAAAGGAUAAUAAAAAAGCUGAGGACACCAUUUCAAAACGCGUUCGCUUUAACCAAUCCGUUUUAGUAGCAGAAACCGGAAGUAAUAACGAAGCCGAUCGUGACGAAUUCAAUUUUGAAGACUCGUUAGAACAUGCGAAACCUCGUCGUGGUGCCGUCAAACUAGAGGGCUAUGGAAGUGACGAGACAGACACUAGCGAAGACGAUGGUGUUGACGCUCGUUUUGAACGUCGCAAAGCCUUAGCAAAAGGCAAAGCGAAAAAAGACGACGAUGACAUGUUUGCCUCGGACGACGAAGCUUUCGGUGUUGAUGCGGAAAAAGGGUCCAAGAAAAAAAGAAAAUCAAAAAUCAAGUAUUUGGAAAUGGAACAGAUUCAAGGUCAAGAUUUUGGAUCAUUCGACAUCGAUAGUGACUCCGAGGAAAUUCGUAUUGAAGCAUUCAAUAUGAAUGCCGAGUUGGAAGAAGGUAAAUUUGAUGACGCGGGAAAUUAUAUUCCCAAUAAAAAAGACCCCAAUGAAUUUCAUGAUAAUUGGCUUCAGGGUUUUUCGCGAGAUGAUAUUAAAAAAGCACGAAUUGCUCACGAGAAACAACAAAGAGUGAUAAAACUGAAAGAGGCAGAAGAAGAUUCAAAAGGAGAAAUGGAUCGUAUCUCUAUAUGGAAAGAACUAUUAACGAUUUUAAAACGAGGCGAGAAUUUAUUAGAUGCAUUGCAAAGACUGGGUGGUGGUGGUAGUAAUAAUAGUAAAAGAUCAUCAAAGAAUAAACAAAAAGUGUACAAGAAAAGAAGAGGAAAACCAUCGGAUACCGCAACAGAAAUAGAAAUUGUACCGAUGGAAGAGAAAGUCGUUGAGACUGAAGAAUCUAUUAAAGAAAAUAAACGGAAAAAAGAUAUUGAAAGAUUAACAGAUUUGUCGGAUAAAAUGAUGGCAUUGGGACAUUUUAAUGUUUACGAGGAUACAUGGGAGGAAAUAUUGAGGAAUCUAAAGACUGCAAAUUAUCCUCAAAAUUCAUCAACAACUCAACAAUUAGCAUCAGGCGUAGAUUUUUCCACGCAAUGGGAAUAUAAAUGGACAGAUAGCGAAGAACCCGCGAACAUUUAUGGACCAUUUUCCAGUCUAGAUAUGAAAGCAUGGCAUGAACAAGGUUACUUUUCGCAAGGAAUUUUAGUACGACGAGCUGGUUCAACAGAUGAAUUUAUCAGUGAUACCAAUGUUGACUUCUCUUCCUAA